UCCUUCGAGCGGCGUUUGGGGCCUGACAGCCGGGAGGAGCCCGCGGGAGGAUGCCGUCCGAAUCCUUCUGUCUGGGAGCCCAGGCGCGACUUGACUCCAAAUGGCUGAAGACGGACAUACAGCUUGCAUUCACGAGAGAUGGGCUCUGUGGUCUGUGGAACGAAAUGGUAAAAGAUGGAGAAAUUAUAUAUACUGGGUCAGAAUUAAGCCAGAAUGGAGAAUUUCCUCCUAGAAAAGAUGAUGGUGUUGAUACCCAAAGUGGAACAAAGAAAGAAGAUCUAAAUGACAGGGAGAAGAAGGAUGAAGAAGAAGCUCCUCCACCUGCCUUUAGAGCCAAGACCAUCCUGGAGAGCUGGGUGUGGGGCAAGCAACCAGACGUGAAGGAGCUGAAGGAAUGCCUGUCUGUGCUGGUGAAAGAGCAGCAAGCGCUGGCUGUGCAGUCGGCUACCACCACCCUCUCGGCGCUGAGGCUCAAGCAGAGGCUGGUGAUCCUGGAGCGCUAUUUCAUUGCGUUGAACAGAAGUGUGUUUCAGGAGAACGUCAAGGUGAAGUGGAGAAGCAGCAGUGUUUCGCAGCCUCCCAUGGACAAGAAAAGUUCUCGGCCCGUAGGCAGAGGUGUGGAAGGACUUGCUAGAGUUGGAUCCCGAGCAGCGCUUUCCUUUGCCUUUGCAUUCUUACGAAGGGCCUGGCGGUCAGGUGAGGAUGCGGACCUCUGCAGUGAGCUGUUGCAGGAGUCCCUGGAUGCCCUGCGAGCUCUGCCCGAAGCAUCCCUCUUUGACGAGAGCUCCGUGUCUUCUGUGUGGCUGGAGGUGGUAGAGAGAGCAACCAGGUUCCUCAAGUCUGUUGUGACAGGGGAUGUUCAUGGGACACCAGGCACCAAAGGUCCAGGAGGUGUUCCCCUGCAGGACCAGCACUUGGCCCUGGCCAUCCUGCUGGAACUGGCUGUGCAGAGAGGCACAUUGAGCCAAAUGUUGUCUGCCAUCCUGUUGUUGCUUCAACUGUGGGACAGUGGGGCUCAGGAGACGGACAAUGAACGAUCUGCCCAGGGCACCAGUGCCCCCCUGCUUCCUCUGCUGCAGAGGUUCCAGAGCAUCAUGUGCAGCAAGGACACGCCACAAGCCGAGGGGGACACACAUCUUUUAUCUGGGCCUCUGAGUCCCAAUGAGAGUUUCCUGAGGUACCUUACUCUUCCUCAAGACAAUGAGCUUGCCAUCGAUUUAAGACAAACAGCGGUGGUUGUCAUGGCGCAUUUAGACCGCCUGGCUACGCCCUGUAUGCCUCCUCUGUGUAGCUCCCCAACAUCGCACAAGGGAUCACUGCAGGAGGUCAUAGGUUGGGGGUUAAUAGGAUGGAAAUACUAUGCCAACGUGAUUGGCCCAAUCCAGUGUGAAGGCCUUGCCAGCCUGGGGGUCACGCAGAUUGCAUGUGCAGAGAAGCGCUUCCUGAUCCUGUCCCGCAACGGCCGUGUGUAUACACAGGCCUACAACAGCGACACUCUGGCCCCACAGCUGGUCCAAGGUCUUGCCUCCAGAAACAUUGUAAAAAUUGCUGCCCAUUCUGAUGGUCACCACUACCUGGCCUUGGCUGCCACUGGAGAGGUGUACUCCUGGGGCUGUGGGGACGGCGGACGGCUGGGCCACGGGGACACUGUGCCUUUGGAGGAGCCGAAGGUGAUCUCUGCUUUCUCAGGGAAGCAGGGGGGUAAGCACGUGGUGCAUAUUGCGUGCGGUAGCACCUACAGUGCGGCCAUCACUGCCGAGGGGGAGCUGUACACCUGGGGCCGUGGCAACUACGGCCGGCUGGGCCAUGGUUCUAGUGAAGAUGAGGCCAUUCCAAUGCUAGUAGCUGGUCUUAAAGGACUAAAGGUCAUUGACGUCGCAUGUGGCAGUGGGGACGCUCAGACUCUGGCUGUGACUGAGAAUGGACAAGUGUGGUCUUGGGGAGAUGGUGACUAUGGGAAGUUGGGCAGAGGUGGUAGUGAUGGCUGCAAGACGCCAAAGUUGAUUGAGAAGCUUCAGGAUUUAGAUGUCAUCAAAGUCCGCUGUGGAAGUCAGUUUUCAAUUGCUUUGACGAAAGAUGGCCAAGUUUAUUCAUGGGGAAAAGGUGACAAUCAAAGACUUGGGCAUGGAACAGAGGAACAUGUUCGUUAUCCCAAACUUUUGGAAGGCUUGCAAGGGAAGAAGGUGAUUGAUGUGGCGGCAGGCUCUACCCACUGUUUGGCUCUCACCGAGGACAGCGAGGUGCACAGCUGGGGGAGCAAUGACCAGUGCCAGCACUUCGACACUCUGCGUGUGACCAAGCCAGAGCCUGCCGCACUGCCAGGACUGGACACCAAACACAUAGUUGGAAUUGCAUGUGGCCCAGCCCAGAGCUUUGCUUGGUCUUCAUGCUCUGAGUGGUCCAUUGGCCUCCGUGUCCCUUUCGUGGUGGACAUCUGUUCAAUGACUUUUGAGCAGCUGGAUCUCCUUCUGCGGCAAGUGAGUGAGGGAAUGGAUGGCACUGCAGAUUGGCCCCCACCACAAGAAAAGGAGUGCAUGGCCGUGGCGACGCUGAACCUUCUGCGACUUCAGUUGCAUGCUGCCAUUAGUCACCAGGUUGACCCGGAAUUCCUUGGUUUAGGUCUGGGCAGUGUCCUCCUGAACAGCCUGAAGCAGACUGUGGUGACGCUGGCCAGCAGUGCGGGUGUGCUGAACACAGUGCAGUCUGCUGCCCAGGCCGUGCUGCAGAGCGGCUGGUCUGUGCUGCUGCCCACAGCUGAGGAGCGGGCCCGUGCUCUGUCUGCUCUCCUGCCCUGCACAGUUUCAGGCAAUGAAGUAAACAUAAGUCCUGGUCGUCGAUUCAUGAUUGAUCUACUGGUGGGCAGCUUGAUGGCUGAUGGAGGAUUAGAGUCCGCCCUAAAUGCAGCCAUUUCUGCAGAAAUUCAGGAUAUUGAAGCCAAAAAUGAAGCACAGAAGGAAAAAGAAAUCGAUGAACAGGAAGCAAACGCCCCAACAUUUCAUAGAAGUAGAACCCCUUUGGAUAAAGACCUUAUUAAUACAGGGGUCUAUGGAUCUUCUGGGAAGCAGUGUUUGCCUCUGGUCCACCUCGUACAGCAACUUCUUAGAAACAUUGCUUCUCAGACUGUAGCCAGAUUGAAAGACGUUGCCCGUCGGAUUUCAUCAUGUCUGGACUUUGAGCAACACAGCCGUGAGAGGUCUGCCUCAUUGGACUUGUUACUGCGUUUUCAGCGUUUACUUAUCAGUAAACUUUAUCCUGGAGAGAGCAUUGGUCAGACCUUAGAUAUUUCCAGUCCUGAGCUGACAGGUGUUGGCUCCUUGCUGAAGAAGUAUAUAGCCCUUCUGUGCACACACAUCGGGGACAUACUGCCCGUGGCGGCCAGCGUUGCUGCUGUCAGCUGGCGACACUUUGCUGAGGUGGCCUGUAUCGUGGAAGGGGACUUCACUGGUGUACUCCUUCCAGAGCUGGUGGUCUCUAUAGUGCUUCUGCUCAGUAAAAAUCCUGGUCUCAUGCAAGAGGCUGGAGCCGUCCCCCUGCUGGGUGGCCUGCUGGAGCACCUAGAUCGCUUCAACCACUUGGCUCCUGGAAAGGAGAGGGAUGACCAUGAAGAGCUGGCUUGGCCUGGCAUAAUGGAGUCAUUUUUUACAGGUCAAAGUUGUAGAAAUAAUGAGGAAGUGACACUUAUACGCAAAGCUGAUUUGGAGAACCACAAUAAAGAUGGAGGCUUCUGGACCGUGAUUGAUGGCAAAGUGUAUGACAUAAAGGAUUUCCAGACACAGUCCUUAACAGGAAAUAGCAUUCUAGCUCAGUUUGCAGGGGAAGACCCAGUGGUUGCUUUAGAAGCAGCUUUGCAGUUUGAAGACACCCGGGAAUCCAUGCAUGCCUUUUGUGUUGGCCAGUACUUAGAGCCUGACCAGGAAGUUGUUACCAUACCAGAUCUGGGAAGUCUGUCCUCGCCUCUGGUAGACACAGAGAGGAAUCUGGGCCUGCUGCUUGGACUCCAUGCGUCCUAUUUAGCCGUGAGCACACCGCUAUCUCCGGUCGAGAUUGAAUGUGCCAAGUGGCUUCAGUUGUCCAUUUUCUCUGGAGGCCUGCAGACCAGCCAGAUCCACUACAGCUAUAAUGAGGAGAAAGAUGAGGACCACUGCAGCUCUCCUGGGGGCACUCCUGCCAGCAAAUCCCGACUCUGCUCUCACAGACGGGCCUUGGGUGACCAUUCCCAGGCAUUUCUUCAAGCCAUUGCUGACAAUAACAUUCAAGACCACAAUGUGAAGGACUUUCUGUGUCAAAUUGAGAGGUACUGUAGGCAGUGCCACUUGACCACGCCCAUCACCUUCCCUCCUGAGCAUCCAGUGGAGGAAGUUGGCCGUUUGCUCUUAUGCUGCCUCUUAAAGCAUGAGGAUUUAGGUCAUGUGGCGUUGUCUUUAGUUCACGCAGGUACACUUGGUAUUGAGCAAGUAAAGCACCGAACAUUGCCUAAAGCAGUGGUGGAUGUUUGUAGAGUUGUCUACCAAGCAAAGUGCUCACUCAUUAAGACUCAUCAAGAACAAGGUCGUUCUUAUAAGGAGGUCUGUGCUCCCGUCAUUGAACGUUUGAGGUUCCUGUUUAACGAACUGAGACCUGCUGUUUGCAAUGAUCUCUCUAUAAUGUCUAAAUUUAAGCUGUUAAGUUCUUUGCCCCGUUGGAGGAGGAUAGCUCAGAAAAUAAUUCGAGAACGGAGGAGAAACAGAGUUCCUAAGAAGCCAGAAUCUACUGAUGAUGAAGAAAAAAUUGGAAAUGAAGACAGCGAUUUAGAAGAAGCUUGUAUUUUGCCUCAUAGUCCCAUAAAUGUGGACAAAAGACCCAUAACAAUCAAAUCUCCCAAGGAUAAAUGGCAGCCCCUGUUGAGUACAGUUACAGGCGUUCACAAGUACAAGUGGUUGAAGCACAACGUGCAGGGCCUUUAUGCACAGUCUGCACUCCACAGUGCGAUUGCUGAAUUUGCCCUUAAAGAAGAGCCAGUGGAUGUAGAAAAAAUGAGAAAAUGCCUACUAAAGCAGUUGGAGAGAGCAGAGGUUCGUCUGGAAGGAAUAGAUACAAUUUUAAAACUGGCAGCCAAAAAUUUCUUACUUCCGUCAGUGCAAUACGCUAUGUUUUGUGGAUGGCAAAGACUUAUUCCUGAGGGAAUCGAUAUAGGGGCUCCUCUUACUGAUUGUCUGAAGGAUGUUGACUUGAUCCCACCUUUUAAUCGGAUGCUGCUGGAAGUGACUUUUGGAAAGCUGUGUGCCUGGGCUGUUCAGAAUAUGCGAAAUGUCCUGAUGGAUGCAAAUGCCAAAUUUAAAGAGCUCGGUAUUCAGCCUGUUCCCCUGCAAACUAUUACCAAUGAGAACUCGUCCGGACCCAGCCUGGGGACCAUCCCACAAGCUCGCUUUCUCCUGGUGAUGCUCAGCAUGCUCACCUUGCAGCAUGGUGCAAACAACUUGGACCUUCUGCUCAACUCUGGCACGCUGGCCCUCACGCAGACCACUCUGCGGCUGAUCGGUCCUAGCAGUGACAGUGUAGAGGAAGAUAUGAACGCGUCUGCCCGAGGAGCCUCUGCGACAGUUUUGGAGGAAACGAGGAAGGAAACUGCUCCUGUACAGCUCCCUGUUUCGGGGCCGGAGCUGGCUGCCAUGAUGAAGAUUGGAACGAGGGUCAUGAGAGGGGUGGACUGGAAAUGGGGUGAUCAGGAUGGGCCUCCUCCAGGCUUAGGCCGAGUGAUUGGUGAGCUCGGAGAGGACGGGUGGAUCAGGGUCCAGUGGGACACGGGCAGCACCAACUCAUACAGGAUGGGCAAAGAAGGAAAGUAUGACCUCAAGCUGGCAGAGCUGCCAGCUUCUGCGCAGCCUUUGGCAGAAGACUCAGACACAGAGGAUGACUCUGAAGCUGAACAAAUUGAAAAGAACAUUCACCCCACGGCAAUGAUGCUGACUAGCACUAUUAACUUACUGCAGACUCUAUGUCUCUCUGUGGGAGUCCAUGCUGAAAUCAUGCAGAGCGAGGCCAUCAAGACUCUGUGUGGACUGCUGCGAAUGUUAGUGGAAAGCGGAACAACGGACAAGACAUCUUCUCCCAGCAGACUGGUGUGCAGGGAGCAGCACCGCAGCUGGUGCACGCUGGGAUUCGUGCGGAGCAUCGCACUCACCCCGCAGGUGUGCGGGGCUCUCAGCUCCCCGCAGUGGAUCGCACUGCUCAUGAAGGUUGUGGAAGGGCAUGCGCCUUUUACUGCAGCAUCACUGCAGAGACAGAUUUUAGCCGUGCACCUACUGCAGGCUGUCCUUCCAUCGUGGGAUAAGACGGAAAGGGCGAGGGACAUGAAGUGCCUUGUGGAGAAGCUGGCUGGCUUCUUGGGCAGUUUGCUCACCACUUGCCCUACUGAUACCCCAUUACUCAGAGAGUCAGCGCUGAGGAGGCGGAGGGCUCGACCGCAGGCCUCUCUCACUGCCACACACAGCAGCACGCUGGCGGAGGAGGUGGUGGCGCUGCUGCGCACCCUGCACUCUCUGACUCAGUGGAACGGACUCAUCAACAAGUACAUCAACUCCCAGCUCCGUUCCAUCGCCCACAGCUCUGUGGGGAAGCUCUCGGAAGGGGCCCAGUUAGAAGACUACUUUCCUGACUCUGAGAGUCCUGAAGUGGGGGGCCUCAUGGCAGUCCUGGCUGUGAUUGGAGGCAUCGACGGUCGCCUGCGCCUUGGGGGUCAGGUCAUGCACGAUGAGUUUGGAGAGGGCACCGUGACUCGCAUCACUCCCAAGGGCAGAAUCACCGUGCAGUUCUCGGACAUGCGCACGUGCCGUGUUUGCCCACUGAGCCAGCUGAAACCACUCCCUGCUGUGGCCUUCAGCGUGACCAACCUGCCCUUCACAGAGCCCAUGCUGUCUGUCUGGGCUCAGUUGGUGAACCUUGCCGGAAGCAAACUGGAAAAGCACAAAAUAAAGAAAUCCCCUAAGCAGGCUUUCACAGGACAGGUAGACCUGGAUCUACUGCGGAGCCAGCAGUUAAAGCUGUACAUACUGAAAGCAGGGUGGGCACUGCUUUCCCACCAAGAUAAACUGAGGCAGAUCUUGUCUCAGCCAGCUGUUCAGGAGACUGGAACUGUUCAUACAGGAACCGAACUCACGACCUUGCGCUUGCCAGAUGAUGGAGCAGCUAUAUCCCCUGAGCUUGGGGACAUGUCUCCAGAAGGACCACAGCCCCCUAUGAUUCUCCUACAGCAGUUACUGGCUUCAGCCACCCAGCCAUCUCCUGUAAAGGCAAUAUUUGAUAAACAGGAACUUGAGGCUGCUGCUUUGGCCGUGUGUCAGUGCUUGGCUGUGGAGUCCACUCACCCAGCAAGCCCAGGCUUCGAGGACUGUAGCUCCAGCGAGGCCACGACGCCCAUCUCUGUGCAGCAUACCCGCCCAGCCAGGGCGAAGAGGCGCAAGCACUCGCCGGCUCCUGCUCUGCCGAUUGUAGUGCAGCUCAUGGAAAUGGGCUUUCCUCGCAGGAACAUUGAGUUUGCUCUGAAGUCCCUCACUGGUGCUUCUGGGAAUGCGUCGAGCUUGCCUGGUGUGGAGGCCUUGGUAGGCUGGCUGCUGGACCACUCCGAUGUCCAGAUCACAGAGCUCUCGGAUGCAGAUACCGUGUCUGAUGAGUAUUCGGAUGAGGAGGUGGUGGAAAGCAUGGAGGAUGCAGCCUAUUCUCUGUCUACUGGUGCUGUUGUGACGGAGAGCCAGACUUACAAAAAACGAGCUGAUUUCUUGAGUAAUGAUGAUUAUGCUGUGUAUGUCAGAGAGAACAUCCAGGUGGGAAUGAUGGUUAGAUGCUGUCGCACAUAUGAAGAAGUAUGUGAAGGUGAUGUGGGCAAAGUCAUCAAGCUGGAUAGAGAUGGGCUGCAUGACCUCAAUGUGCAGUGUGAUUGGCAGCAGAAAGGGGGCACCUACUGGGUUAGGUACAUUCACGUGGAACUCAUAGGCUAUCCUCCACCAAGUUCUUCUUCUCACAUCAAAAUCGGUGAUAAAGUACGGGUCAAAGCCUCCGUUACCACGCCAAAAUACAAGUGGGGAUCUGUGACUCAUCAAAGUGUGGGAAUUGUGAAAGCUUUCAGUGCCAAUGGAAAAGACAUCAUUGUUGACUUUCCCCAGCAAUCUCACUGGACUGGAUUGUUGUCAGAAAUGGAGUUGGUGCCUAGUGUACAUCCUGGAGUUACGUGUGAUGGCUGUCAAAUGUUUCCUAUCAAUGGAUCCAGAUUCAAAUGCAGAAACUGCGAUGACUUUGAUUUUUGUGAAACGUGUUUCAAGACCAAAAAACACAACACGAGGCAUACAUUUGGCAGAAUAAAUGAACCAGGACAGUCUGCAGUAUUUUGUGGCCGUUCUGGAAAACAGCUGAAGCGGUGCCACAGCAGCCAGCCAGGAAUGUUGCUGGACAGCUGGUCGCGCAUGGUGAAGAGCCUGAACGUGUCGUCCUCGGUGAACCAGGCUUCCCGUCUGAUCGACGGCAGCGAGCCUUGCUGGCAGUCCUCAGGGUCGCAGGGGAAGCAUUGGAUUCGUUUGGAGAUUUUCCCAGAUGUUCUGGUUCAUAGAUUAAAAAUGAUAGUAGAUCCUGCAGACAGUAGCUACAUGCCAUCCCUGGUUGUAGUGUCAGGUGGAAAUUCCCUAAAUAACCUGAUUGAACUAAAGACGAUCAACAUUAACCCCACUGAUACCACCGUGCCCCUUCUGAAUGACUGCACAGAGUAUCACAGGUACAUUGAAAUUGCCAUAAAGCAGUGCAGGAGCUCAGGCAUCGACUGUAAGAUCCACGGGCUCAUCCUCCUGGGGCGCAUCCGUGCAGAGGAGGAGGACUUGGCUGCAGUUCCUUUCUUGGCUUCAGAUAACGAAGAGGAGGAGGAUGACAAAGGCAGCAGCGGGAGCCUUAUUAGAAAGAAGGCUGCGGGGCUAGAAUCAGCAGCUACAAUAAGAACCAAGGUGUUCGUGUGGGGACUGAAUGACAAGGACCAACUGGGCGGGCUCAAAGGCUCCAAGAUAAAAGUCCCUUCCUUCUCUGAGACUCUGUCUGCUUUGAAUGUGGUACAGGUGGCUGGUGGUUCUAAAAGUUUGUUUGCAGUGACUGUGGAAGGAAAAGUAUAUGCUUGUGGAGAAGCCACCAAUGGCCGACUGGGCCUGGGCUUGUCAAGUGGGACGGUUCCUAUCCCACGGCAGAUCACCGCCCUCAGCAGUUACGUGGUCAAGAAGGUGGCUGUUCAUUCAGGUGGCCGGCAUGCUACAGCCCUAACCGUUGAUGGCAAAGUGUUUUCUUGGGGUGAAGGUGACGAUGGAAAACUCGGACACUUCAGCAGAAUGAACUGUGACAAGCCAAGGCUGAUAGAGGCACUGAAAACCAAGCGCAUCCGGGACAUCGCGUGUGGGAGCUCCCACAGCGCAGCCCUCACCUCCAGCGGAGAGCUGUAUACCUGGGGUCUUGGAGAGUAUGGCCGGUUGGGACAUGGCGAUAAUACAACACAGCUGAAGCCCAAGAUGGUGAAAGUCCUUCUUGGCCACAGAGUGAUCCAGGUUGCCUGUGGAAGCAGAGACGCACAGACGCUGGCGCUGACCGAUGAGGGUUUGGUGUUUUCCUGGGGUGACGGUGACUUUGGAAAACUGGGCCGGGGAGGAAGUGAAGGCUGUAACAUCCCCCAGAAUAUCGAGAGGCUAAAUGGCCAGGGCGUGUGCCAGAUUGAGUGUGGCGCUCAGUUCUCCUUGGCUCUCACUAAAUCAGGAGUGGUGUGGACCUGGGGGAAGGGGGAUUACUUCCGGUUGGGCCAUGGCUCUGACGUGCAUGUGCGGAAACCACAGGUGGUGGAAGGACUGAGAGGGAAGAAGAUUGUGCAUGUGGCUGUUGGGGCGCUGCAUUGCCUGGCCGUAACAGACUCGGGGCAGGUGUAUGCUUGGGGUGAUAACGACCAUGGGCAGCAGGGCAAUGGCACAACCACAGUUAAUAGAAAGCCCACGCUUGUGCAAGGCUUGGAAGGCCAGAAGAUCACACGGGUAGCUUGCGGGUCAUCACACAGCGUAGCAUGGACAACCGUGGAUGUGGCCACACCCUCUGUCCAUGAGCCUGUCCUUUUCCAGACUGCAAGAGACCCUUUAGGUGCUUCCUAUUUAGGUGUGCCUUCAGAUGCUGAUUCUUCUGCUGCCAGUAAUAAAAUAAGUGGUGCAAAUAAUUCUAAGCCAAAUCGCCCUUCUCUUGCUAAGAUCCUUCUGUCAUUGGAUGGUAGCCUAGCCAAACAGCAGGCCUUAUCACAUAUUCUUACAGCACUGCAAAUCAUGUAUGCCAGAGAUGCAGUGGUUGGGGCCCUGAUGCCGGCAGGCAUGAUCGCCCCGGUGGAGUGCCCCUCGUUUUCCUCAUCAGCACCACCUUCUGAUGCUUCUGCCAUGACCAGCCCCAUGAUUGCAGAGGACUGCAUACUGGCCAUUGAUCUGGAAGACAGACUGAGUCCCAGUCCGUGGCAAGAGAAGAGAGAGAUUGUCUCCUCCGAGGACGCUGUGACCCCUUCCGCAGUGACACCAUCUGCCCCCUCAGCCUCCUCUCGGCCCUUCAUCCCUGUGACGGAUGACCCUGGAGCUGCCAGCAUCAUUGCAGAAACCAUGACUAAAACCAAAGAGGACGUUGAGAGCCAAAGUAAAGCGUCAGGCCCAGAACCACAGUCCUUGGAUGAGUUCACCAGUCUGCUGAUCGUGGAUGACACCCGUGUGGUGGUGGAUCUGCUCAAGUUGUCUGUGUGCAGCCGGGCUGGGGACAGGGGCAGGGAGGUGCUUUCAGCUGUGCUCUCUGGCAUGGGCACUGCCUACCCACAGGUGGCAGAUAUGUUGUUGGAGCUCUGUGUCACUGAGCUGGAGGAUGUCGCCACGGACUCGCAGAGCGGCCGUCUUUCCUCACAGCCCGUGGUGGUGGAGAGUAGCCAUCCCUAUACCGACGACACUUCUACCAGUGGCACAGUAAAGAUACCAGGUGCAGAAGGCCUCAGGGUGGAGUUUGACCGGCAGUGCUCUACGGAGAGACGCCAUGACCCUCUCACAGUCAUGGACGGUGUCAACAGGAUCGUGUCCGUGCGGUCAGGCCGAGAGUGGUCUGACUGGUCCAGUGAGUUGCGGAUCCCAGGAGAUGAGCUGAAGUGGAAAUUCAUCAGCGAUGGGUCUGUGAAUGGCUGGGGCUGGCGCUUCACAGUCUAUCCCAUCAUGCCGGCCGCAGGCCCCAAGGACCUCUUGUCUGAUCGCUGUGUCCUCUCCUGUCCAUCAAUGGACUUGGUGACCUGUCUUCUGGACUUCCGACUCAAUCUCACCUCCAACAGAAGCAUCGUCCCUCGCCUUGCGGCCUCGCUGGCAGCCUGUGCGCAGUUGAGUGCCUUAGCUGCCAGUCACAGAAUGUGGGCUCUUCAGAGACUGAGGAAGCUGCUCACAACGGAAUUUGGGCAGUCGAUCAACAUAAACAGGCUGCUUGGAGAGAACGAUGGGGAGACGAGAACUUUGAGUUUCACAGGCAGCGCUCUUGCGGCUUUGGUGAAAGGGCUUCCAGAAGCUUUGCAGAGGCAGUUUGAGUAUGAAGAUCCUAUUGUGAGGGGUGGCAAGCAGCUGCUCCAUAGCCCAUUCUUUAAGGUACUUGUAGCUCUUGCUUGUGACUUGGAACUAGACACUCUGCCUUGCUGUGCCGAGACGCACAAGUGGGCUUGGUUCCGACGGUACUGCAUGGCCUCUCGUGUUGCUGUGGCCCUGGACAAGAGGACACCAUUGCCCCGUUUGUUUCUUGAUGAGGUGGCUAAGAAAAUUCGUGAGUUAAUGGCAGACAGUGAAAACAUGGAUGUUCUCCACGAGAGCCAUGACAUUUUUAAAAGAGAGCAAGAUGAACAACUUGUGCAGUGGAUGAACAGGCGACCAGAUGACUGGACUCUUUCUGCUGGCGGCAGUGGGACCAUUUAUGGAUGGGGUCAUAAUCAUAGAGGGCAGCUGGGAGGCAUUGAAGGUGCAAAAGUUAAAGUGCCCACUCCUUGUGAAGCUCUUGCAACUCUCAGGCCCAUACAGCUGAUUGGAGGAGAACAAACACUUUUUGCUGUGACAGCUGAUGGAAAGCUGUAUGCCACUGGCUACGGUGCGGGUGGCCGACUGGGGAUUGGAGGGACAGAGUCAGUGUCCACUCCAACGUUGCUGGAGUCCAUUCAGCAUGUGUUCAUUAGGAAGGUGGCUGUGAACUCCGGAGGAAAGCACUGCCUUGCCCUCUCUUCAGAGGGUGAAGUUUACUCUUGGGGUGAGGCCGAAGACGGGAAGUUGGGGCACGGCAACAGAAGUCCGUGUGACCGUCCUCGGGUCAUUGAGUCUCUGAGAGGAGUUGAAGUGGUUGAUGUUGCUGCGGGUGGAGCCCACAGUGCCUGCGUCACCGCAGCUGGAGACCUGUACACGUGGGGCAAAGGCCGGUAUGGCCGCCUGGGACACAGUGACAGCGAGGACCAGUUAAAGCCAAAGCUGGUGGAGGUGCUGCAGGGCCACCGUGUGGUAGAUAUCGCCUGUGGGAGUGGUGACGCCCAGACCCUCUGCCUCACUGAUGACGACACCGUCUGGUCCUGGGGGGAUGGGGACUACGGCAAGCUCGGCAGAGGAGGCAGCGACGGCUGCAAAGUGCCCAUGAAGAUUGAUUCUCUCACUGGCCUUGGAGUGGUUAAAGUGGAAUGUGGGUCCCAGUUUUCUGUUGCUCUUACCAAAUCUGGAGCUGUUUAUACUUGGGGCAAAGGUGAUUAUCACAGGCUGGGCCACGGAUCCGAUGACCACGUUCGAAGACCUCGACAGGUCCAGGGACUUCAGGGGAAGAAAGUCAUUGCCAUUGCCACUGGCUCCUUGCAUUGUGUGUGCUGCACAGAGGAUGGUGAGGUUUAUACGUGGGGUGACAAUGAUGAGGGACAGCUAGGAGAUGGAACAACAAAUGCCAUCCAGAGGCCUCGCUUGGUAGCCACUCUGCAGGGUAAGAAAGUCAACCGUGUGGCCUGUGGUUCUGCACAUACCCUUGCCUGGUCGACCAGCAAGCCUGCCAGUGCUGGCAAGCUCCCUGCACAGGUUCCCAUGGAGUAUAAUCAUUUGCAAGAAAUCCCUAUAAUUGCCCUGAGGAACCGGCUGCUGCUGCUACAUCACAUCUCAGAGCUCUUCUGCCCCUGUAUUCCCAUGUUUGACCUGGAGGGCUCUCUCGACGAAACUGGACUUGGACCUUCUGUUGGGUUUGACACUCUUCGGGGGAUUCUGAUUUCCCAGGGAAAGGAGGCAGCUUUCAGAAAAGUAGUGCAAGCAACUAUGGUGCGAGAUCGUCAGCAUGGGCCUGUCGUGGAGUUGAACCGAAUCCAGGUCAAGCGCUCAAGAAGUAAAGGCGGGUUGGCCGGCCCUGACGGCACGAAGUCCGUCUUUGGGCAGAUGUGCGCCAAAAUGAGCUCCUUUAGUCCUGACAGCCUCCUCCUCCCUCACCGCGUCUGGAAGGUCAAGUUUGUGGGCGAGUCUGUGGAUGACUGUGGAGGUGGCUACAGCGAGUCCAUAGCAGAGAUCUGUGAGGAGCUACAGAACGGACUCACCCCUCUUCUCAUCGUGACCCCCAAUGGGAGGGACGAGUCCGGGGCCAACCGUGACUGCUACCUCUUCAACCCGGCCGCCAAGGCGCUCGUGCACAGCAGCAUGUUCCGCUUUCUGGGAGUGUUGCUGGGCAUCGCCAUCCGAACCGGGAGCCCUCUGAGCCUCAACCUUGCUGAACCGGUGUGGAAGCAGCUGGCUGGGAUGAGCCUCACCAUCGCAGACCUCAGCGAGGUGGAUAAAGAUUUCAUCCCUGGGCUCAUGUACAUCCGUGACAAUGAAGCCACCUCAGAGGAGUUUGAGGCCAUGAGCCUGCCCUUCACAGUGCCAAGUGCCAGCGGCCAGGACAUCCAGCUGAGCUCUAAGUACACACACAUCACCCUGGACAACCGCGCAGAGUAUGUCCGGCUGGCAAUAAACUAUAGGCUCCACGAAUUUGAUGAGCAGGUGGCUGCUGUUCGGGAGGGGAUGGCCCGCGUGGUGCCAGUCCCCCUUCUUUCUUUGUUCACUGGAUACGAACUGGAGACGAUGGUGUGUGGCAGCCCAGACAUCCCCCUGCAUCUCUUAAAGUCGGUGGCUACGUACAAAGGGGUGGAGCCUUCCGCGUCCCUGAUCCAGUGGUUCUGGGAGGUGAUGGAGUCUUUCUCCAACACAGAGCGUUCCCUCUUCCUUCGCUUUGUGUGGGGCCGGACUCGGUUGCCCCGGACCAUCGCUGACUUCCGGGGCAGAGACUUCGUCAUCCAGGUGUUAGAUAAAUACAACCCUCCUGACCACUUCCUUCCUGAGUCCUACACCUGCUUCUUCCUGCUGAAGCUGCCCAGGUACUCCUGCAGGCAGGUGCUGGAGGAGAAGCUGAAGUAUGCCAUCCACUUCUGCAAAUCCAUAGACACGGAUGACUAUGCCCGCAUCGCCCUCACGGGAGAGCCGGCUGCCGACGACAGCAGCGACGACUCGGACAAUGAGGACGUGGACUCGUUUGCUUCCGAUUCCACGCAAGAUUAUUUAACAGGGCACUGAGGCGGAGCGAGCCAUCCUGAAGCCACACGACGCUGUUCAGGUGAGAAGUGGCUGCUGGAUCCGUUGAGAAGCACGCGUCCUCGGCAGGGAGGAAGGAGGAUCCUGACCGCUGCGAUCAGAGUGAUGGAGUAACAGUGGGAAUCAGCCUGUGCACGUGGAACAUCAUGUGGGCUCUUGAUGUUCCUUUUGAGACUUUGAAGGGUCUUUUCACCCCAUAAUGCUGCAUUACAUGUAAGACUGUGUUUACUAAAGUGUGUAAAUGUUUAUAUAAAUACUGAAUUGCAGUGUCCCCAAAACAAAUAAAGCCUUUUCACUGUGGGUGCAAUAGAUUCUCUUUUCCUUCCUUU